UAAACUUAUAACGUUAUGUGUUUUGAUUCUAACGUUACUUUUUAAGGUAAAGUUUUCGUUGUUUUUCCUAACAGACUUGAGUAUUGACUUGGGUUGAUUGUCUUGUAAGCUCAUGUGUGCCUGGUAGUUGUGUAAAUGUUUCUAUUAGCCCAAAGUAUGCGCCUCUGAAAGUACCAGGAUGACAGGAAAAGUAGAAGUUCGUUUCGAGGAGGCAGAGAGAAAGAGAGGGACGAUACUGACCUCCAUAGGAGUAACGUGUGCAGCACUAGGAUGGCUGACGCGAGGCUCCACUACGCUUAUGGGCGCCGUGGCUCUCCUAGCUGCUUAUUUGAUGACCGGAGACAGAUACCAGUGGGUUUAUAUAUGGAAGAAGACCUUUAGACGGGAUUUGCUAGGUCUUCGCGUUCUUUUGAAGACGAUGUUCCGGAUCUGGAUGUGGGAGAAGACAGGCACCACCGUGGUCACCAGGUUCGCAGAACUGGCGAGGAUGACUCCUGACAAGAAAGCUUUCAUCAUGGGCGAUCGCUCUAUGACUUUUGGAGAGGGAGAGGAAUUCAGCGACAGAAUAGCCCUCUACUUCAAGCGUCAAGGCUUCAAAAGCGGAGAAGUUAUAGCUCUCUUCAUGGAAACUCAGCCAGAGUAUGUGUUCCUCUGGCUAGGUCUGGCUAAGUUGAGGGUUGUCACUGCCUUGGUUAACACCAACCUGAGGGGCGCUCAGCUGAUUCAUUGUCUCAGGAUCGCUGGGUGUAAGGCUGUUGUCUUUGGAGAUGAGUUGAGUGAUGCCAUAAAGGAGAUCCAGAAAGAUAUCCCGGACAUACCUUUGUUUCAAUUCAACUCUCCAGAAAGACCAUCAGCACAGAUAAUCCAAGACGCUGCUCCUCUGGCUAUGGAACUCAAUGAGAUGACUCCGGAGCAUUUUGAUGUUGUUCCAGGGAAAUCAAGGGACACUUUGAUGUAUAUUUACACUAGUGGUACUACCGGAUUUCCUAAAGCUGCUGUUAUACCAAAUGUCAGAUACCUCCUGAUACCACUAGGAGCACAUACAUCAGCGCGACUAAGCCCGGAGGACGUGAUCUACGAUCCACUACCCCUCCACCACACAGCUGGAGGAGUCUUAGGAGCUGGUCAGGCGCUGGUUUUGGGCUGCACUGUGGUGUUGAGGAAGAAGUUCUCAGCGUCAAACUAUUGGAACGACGCGGCGAAGUAUGAAUGUACGGCGACUCAAUACAUCGGCGAAAUGUGCCGCUACCUCCUCUCGGUGCCACCUGGUGCCAACGACAAAGCCCACAAGGUCCACACUAUUUUGGGCAAUGGACUAAGGCCGCAGAUAUGGGAAGAGUUCGUGGAACGGUUCAAAAUCAAAAACGUCGUUGAGUUCUAUGGAGCUACUGAAGGGAAUAGUAAUCUCAUAAAUUUGGAUUCAAAAGUGGGUGCCAUCGGUUUCCUGAGUAGAUUAGUAUCGUCCAUAUAUCCUCUAACUCUAGUCAAAUGUGAUGAAGUUACUGGUGAAAUAUUAAGAGACAGUAACGGUAGGUGCAUCACUUGCGGACCUUGGGAACCAGGUCUACUUCUCGGCAAAAUCGAUGCCAGGAAGGCAAUUUUGACCUUCGCAGGGUACGCUGACAAAACUGCUUCCGAGAAGAAGAUGGUCCGCAACGUUCGGGCCGAAGGUGACUGUUACUUCAACACUGGCGACAUUCUCGUCAUGGACCACUUCGGUUAUUUCUACUUCAAGGAUCGCACUGGAGAUACAUUUAGAUGGCGUGGAGAAAACGUUUCGACAGCGGAAGUUGAAGGUGUUAUCAGUUCUCUGGUAGGACUCAAAGAUGCUGUGGUCUACGGUGUGUCGAUACCAAACAUUGAAGGCAAAGCCGGUACAGCGGCUAUAGCUGAUCCUGAGAAGAAGCUUGACCUUCAAGUCUUGGCCAAGGGCUUAAGGUCCGCCCUCCCGGCAUACGCCAGACCUCUCUUCGUGAGAAUCCUCCCAGAACCGCCACUAACUGCCACAUUCAAGCUCAAAAAGAAGGAACUACUGGAGCAAGGUUUCAAUCCAACCAUUCACAACGAUCCUAUGUACUUUUUGGACCCGAAAUCCGGAGAAUAUGUUCCUUUGACUGAGAAAGUAUAUGAAGAUAUAUCAAAGGGUGUUAUUAGACUGUGAUUCUUGCCAAAGAAGUAAAGAUGGAUAGGUAGAAAAAAAUAUGAGUGCAGCUACUCAACAGCAAACUAGUAGUUAUAAUUCGAAGACUAGGAGAAAUUGACAAAAUCGUGAUAGAUUCCAAAUUCAAACUAUGCUACAUUUAGAAGAAAAAGAAAACAAAAAAUAAAAGGGUCAUAGCAAAACUCUCAAUGAAAUGUAAGAUUCUAUUUUUAGCUUCUUCUUCUUCUUCUUCUUAUCGUGUGGGUUGUGAGGUGUAAUACCAACUCCAUCAACCCUGGUAUCAGGGUUAUUAUUGAGCCGCCAAAGGCCUCUGACAUGGCUCUAUUUUUAGCUGAAUACUAGAAUGAUAUCAAUUACUAUAGCUUUGAGACAUGGUUGUGGUUGAGGAGAAGAAAGGGCUCAAAAAGCCCUCAAAUAAAUUGAUUCCAAUCAAACCAUUCAAAUGCAUUUGAUAGAAUAUGGUUAGACGCUGGCUACUUGAGUUAUCAGAUGGGUAUUUUAUACCUCUUAGAAUUUUUUAUUUUAUAAUAAUAAUAGAAAAAACAUGAUUUUCUUUAUUUAUCUCAAAUUUCCCGCCAAAUUGGUUGGGCACGUGACAUUUUUCCCAGUGACGUCACAGUUCAGUUCAGUUCAAAACGAGAAAACUGUCUAAUAUUUGAGACUAAAGUUUAGUUAUAUUGGUUUAUUUAUAUUUUUCACUGGUAUCUUGUAAAUGACAAGCUAAAAGACAUGUACCCUGCCUAUGUGCAGAAUUACAACCAGUAAAUGUCUUAGCAAAUUGUUUAUUAACAUCGCAAAACGUAAAAUGUGCUGAAACAGUAUAACUUGAAACCUGACAGAUAGUUUUUUGUUUAUUUUGUGAUAUGUGACGUCACACGAGACUCAUGGCCGCCCGUGUUUCGAGUCUUGUAAUACACAGAUAAAAAUUCGCAUUCUUAUUUUGUAAAAAUAUAAAAAUGAUCUUAAUAAAAAAAAAUAUUGGAUAAUUAUCGUUCAUGAUAAUAUUAACGAUAUUUUAUUGUUGCAACUGUCAAUCAUAUCCAUUUAUGGAUUAAUUAUUGAUGUAGAUUUUUUAUUUUGUAGUAAAAGGAUAUUAAAAUGUAUCAUGAGUGAAAUCUGUUAUCUAUUUUAAAAUAAAACGAAUUCAUCAAUUUCAUAGUUGCACAAGGACGUAUUCUGUGACCGCUUUUUUAUUUGGUAUAUUCAUGUUCAUUUGUAUAGAUUUUUUUGUUAGAAGAAAGAAACAUGUGUAGUUCUACACUUUUUGAUGCUUUCAUUAAGUAGUACUGUGUCGUUGUGUAUAUUUGUUAAGGAAAAAUGUAACUAUAUUUCAAUAUGAAAUUGUGAUAUAUCACUUAGGGAUAAUGUAACAUAUUAUUUUUAUUAGGUUUAAAUAAUAAACCAUUUGAUAAUGGG